AGUGUCCUGGGGGCGCUGGCGGAGGUGUGGGCGUGAUGGGGGGCGACGGUGUAGCGGCGCUGGUGUGGGCAGCCAGACACCGAUAGUUGCACGUGUGAGUGUGUCGAGGAAGGGUGGAAAAACUACACAGCUGACCAAGUGGUGGUGGUCGACGUACCAGGCAGGGGUUGUCAAGACGGUCGCUCGGUGCUCACAUGCCCUGUCUCCACUCCCAAGAGAUACGAGUGAUUCGACAUGCGGUGAGGCGGCCGCCGCUGCUCGGCCAGCCGUAAAAUUAAGGAACAAUACCUUUUAAGUGAAGAAGAAAAAGCCAUCAUAGUGAAACACAACCGAGUGAAGCUUAGCAGGCAGUGAUCAGCAAGACCUCGUCUGAUGUCAACAAUGUCACAGCGCUUACAGGACAGCCCCUUCCGAGAGACGGAGUGGGACCAGCGACUAGAUCGGAUGCUAGACGACCUGAAAACUACCGUUGGCAGCGACAGCGAGAUGAGCGCCCCGGACUCCCGCUCAGACAACAUCCUCGUCUCCAACUUCAGGAGCUCCUCCCGCAACGAGGGUCGGAGCGGUUCCCGCGGUGGGUCGAGGAGUGGCAGCGCCCUGGCCUCAGUGGAGGACGGCGGCCACGUCAGACACACGCGACGAGAGUACUGCACACCUGACAGCAAGACUCAUGUUGUCACCGAGAAGUACGAGUAUGACACCGGGGACACCAGUAAGACGAAUCAUUUCCAGAAGAAGAUAAUGAAGUCGACUUACUCUUCAUAUAACUCGCUGAACGCUGGUAGCUUGGAGGACCGACCAUCGCUGGCCGCAGAGUCGCCACCACAGCUGUCUCCUCAAGCUCCACCAGACACUAAAGUUAUCAGUGCUUCCCAGAAAGUAGCAAACAAAUUGGUUGAUGCCCUGGCCAGUAUAGGUGGGGAUGGGAGUCACGUUCCAGCACCUGACUCCAGCGAAACUGAGUCUGUUCGAACGGACACGAUGAAAACCUCUCUUACGGCUAGUUCGGAUUAUUCCACUCUAGGUCGACUUCGUAAGAAUAUCAACGAACUGGAUUCUCUGAUUUCUUCGCUUGAAGAUUCGCGCCAGAAAGAACACAGAACAUCAGAAGUUCAGGGAUCCUCAGUGUCGACAAACGUGUCUAUUGUAUCUAAAACAAGCGAAUUAAAGGUGAAAGAUGCCAAACCUGUAAAAGAUGUGUCUCCCGCAAGAGUCGUGGCCCCUGUAAGAACUGUUGUUCAUGUGGACAGAGUGGCUACUGUGGAAGGUAAAACAUUCGAUAAAGAGAAGGUGCCAGUAAAUAUAGCUGCGCCUGUAAAAGAAAGAUCUGCGAAACCUAUCCAGUCAGUAGACCCUGCACUUGCCAUAACUCUUGCAGCGGCUGAAGCAUGUUCACUUCCCACCAGCAGCAGCAGCUACACGACUCACGUCACCACCAGCCGCACCAAGAGAACAACUGAGUCAGACAGAACCAGUGGUUCGCAACAGAAAGUGUUUAGAGAAGAGAGGAGUUCCAUCCCGACCUCCACCUUUGUCAACGGCACCAGCACCACAUCCUCACACAUCAACAAGUACGGCACCACCACCUCCUCACACACCAACAAGUACGAUGGCGACGACGAGGAGGUACUGGACGAUACUAAGGGCGGAGAGGUUCGUCGCAUCGUGUGGCGCAACAGGUUCGAGAAAACGUACGAGGCCAACGACUCUAGCCAUCCACCGCCAGCGAUGAGCAUCGAGGAGGAGUCCCGCCGUCGGCAGUUGCCGCAGCGGCAGCCGCAGCCGCAGCACCAGCACCUUCAUCACCACCAGACGUCCGCCUCGGCCUCCACCGUCUCCACUCUCUCCUCCCCACAAGGGCCUAGCUCACCCCAUCAGAAGGCACAGCAGGCAACGACUGCGUUGUUACAGCGAGGGCCGUCGUCGCCUCGCCUGCCUCAGCUGCAGUGCGCAGUGUACUGGCCUGGCUUUGGCAUCGCUCCCAACAUUUCCCCGGGCAGCCAUUCUUGGAAGGAACCUAUUCCGAUGCCGACGCCGCCACAGCUGUCCCCACGAGAGCCUGGAGUAGCUUACAUAUACACAUACGGCAACACAGGAGGUCCGGGGGUUCAGCCCUUGCCACCUCUUAACUACGUCAACGUCCCUGGCCCUCACUCAAUCCCGCCCAGCGAGGGCGCUCCAUCACCUACACCCUCAUCUCAGCUACAGGGACAGCCCAUCAUCUACCACUACUCGUACCAUUACACCAUCCAGCCAGGACAACAGCUACCAGAGGGGGCUCCACCGCCUCCAUCCGGAGGGAUCGUCUCCACCUCCCCUCCAGCUCUGCAGAUGGCGCCAGCCUCCCAGCAGCCUCCCCACUCUCAGUUCAUCCAGCGAAGUUAUACUUCUUCUAGUAGUACUCAGUCCAGUCACACUGGCCAGCCAGGUCAACCCGGUCAACCAGGUCAGCCAAGUCAACCAGGCCAGCCAGGUCAACCAAGCCACCCAGGUCAACCAGGUCAACCUGGACAACCUGGCCAGCCAGGUAAACCAGGCCAGCCAGGUCAACCUGGAUAUCCUGAUCAGCCUGGUUAUCCUGGUUAUCCUAGUCAGCCUGGUUAUCCUAGCAAGCCUGGUCAGCCAGGUCAGCCUGGUUAUCCUGAGCAACCUGUCAGCCCUGCCCACCCGAGUCAACCCCAACCAAAUUCUUCAACUAUUGUCAACUACAACAUUCACUCCAGUUCUCGCACCACUCGCACCACCCGCAACGAUACGACCACAGUGGGUUACCCAGGUAGUCACCCAGAACAUGAUGGACCUUGUGGCCCUUAUUGUCCUGGUGGCCCUCACAGUCCUGAGGGCCCUGGUGGCCCACGCCGCCCAAUUGACGAUCAAAUUUAUCCUAGUAAACCAUAUGGACCAGGAAGUCCCAAUGGGCCAAGUGGCCCUGGUGGGCCCGGCAGCCCGAACGGACCAUCUGAACCUGGACAUCCCGGUAACAUUUCUAUCACAAUCAACAAGACAACUACAUCUCACACUGUCCUACCUGGAGGCCACCCUGGAGGCCCUGAUAGUGACGUGCCUCCUGUUACCUCUACUCCGUACCCCAGCCGUGGUCGCUCCGUGUCUCCAGAGCCCCGCUCUCCAUCCAGUCACACCCCACAGUAUGUCACCUAUGAAACACAUGUCACAAGGUCGUCACACUCAGACUCGCUAGAUCGCGUAAGAAGGCCUAAGAACGAGACUCUUCCCUUCCCAGACACUUCACCCAUACGGCCAAGUGGAGAACACAAAAUCCCUCGCCGAAUAGAUGACCUCAUGAACUCCUUCUCCGACUCUGAGGAUGGUCCAGCUGGAGGGGCGCCUGCCCGCUCCCCGAACCGGAGGGAUCCCGCUGACCAGGAACCUCUCCUGCCCGCCAACAACCAGGUCUCAGUGAGGGCAGAUGCAGACGCCAAAGCCUUGGCUGUGACGGACGCAGAAAGCAAGCGAGAGUUAACGAAGAACAAGGUUGGAGCUCCCGUAUACUACCCUCCUGGCCACGAGCUCUUCCAUGAAACUAUGCAUACUAUGACACUGAAGGAGGGACGCCGCCGUGGGAAGGCCAAGUGGAGAAUGGAGCGAGCAUCAGGCUACAAGGAGAGUUCCUCAUCGUCUGAGACUAAAGGAGGCAUGGCCAUGGUUCCAGUAUGUCUGCCCCUCUGCUGUGGUGCUGCUUGUGUUAUUAUGUAAUCAUUUGGUUAUAUUGGUACUUCCACCAUUUCACUUUUCACAAUAUUAGUGCCUUAAUGGGAUUAAUAAUUUUGAUAACGUCAGCAAAGAGAUUUUGAGUCCGAGUUUGCUAUGAAAAUCAGGUGAUGGAUAUAGCAAUAACGAAGAAUGUACAUAUUUUCUUGGAAACAAGUUUGUAUACUGUAUUUGUAGUAAUGUGACAAGGCUGACAUGAGGCAUGGCCACAAGAGCCAAAGCUUCGCAAUUGUUAAAUAACUAUCGAGGCGACGGCUAUAGGAGUCCGUUCAGGGAACCCACCGUCGAGCGGGUGCUGCUUGUUGCUGUUGUAUCGUCUGUGCUUAAUAUUUGACACUAGAUAUAAGGUGAAUGCUUGCUAUUAUACACACCUUAACUUGUGCUGGAGAAAUGAUCAAAGGUGUAGCUAGAUGCAGAACUUGAGGAAUCAAAUUGUUUUGUGUAACUCAAGGCGUAUCUGAUCCAGGACAUGAGGACGUGUUUAAUUAUCGAUACUUUCAUAACAGAGUACGUGUAUAGUCUUCUUAUACUGCUGUCUUUGAAGAAAAUUUACAGAAUAAGUAGUGUUAUUUAUGUAAAAAAUACAUUGUUGUUAUCACCUAUGUAGACUAAAAUUCAUUGAUAAAUAUGUUUGGUUUUUAUAAUUUCGGUGUCUUAAAUUAUUAGCAUUAACAUGGAUUCUGUACCGUUGUUGAAAUGCAUAGUUUAAUUUUGUAUUUAAAUUUUACCAUUCAGUCACAUUUUAAUUCAUCAAAUAUGACGUGAAUGGCCUAUAAAUCUAAAGCUGAGCAUGUAUAGGAAGGAACACGAAGCUUGAUGCCCCUACUUGUAAUUACAUCAGUCCUGGUUGAGCUCUCAAGGGGGAUUACAAACUGCAGUGGAAGCCUCACCUGAUUUACUUUUUUUUUUCUAACAAUUCCGCCCCACCCCUCUUUCAAAACUAGGCCACACCUUUUUCGGUUUUCCUGGUAUCUGUAUACCCAAAGGAACCCUUAUCACCUUUACGUGUGUUCAUAAGCCUGGGUAUCAAUCCAAAGUUAGCACUUGGUUUUCACUGAACAUGAAGCCUAAUAAAAUCCAGAACACUGUCCCCUUAAUAUGAAAUAAAUCCCACUUGCAGUCUCUCUCUCGUAACGAUGGUUGUUGUGGUGCUCGUCACAUAAGGUCUGUUUCUUAAUCCUGUGGCAGUUACUUGGGUUAUAUCUCAACAGCGGAAUGGCGAUCUGUUUGAUAUUAUGCUUCAGCUAAACCACCAAACGCAAGAAGAGUUAUAUAACACAAGGCUUUUGCUGUCACACGGUAUAACAUUCAGGCUAAUAGUCUUAAGGCUGCCUUAACUUGCAGUUUGUCCCUAUGACUUAUCUGCACUUCUGCCUAUUUUAUGCAUUGUUUUAUAAAAUAUUUCUUAAGCAAAAGAAAUGUUAGCUCACUGAGAAAUAAUGUUUUAAGAUGUGUUAUGCUAGUAGCUGUACAGUACUGAUGAACCUUUUAGCACUGGUGCUAAAAAUUUGCCAUAAACUUUAUUGUUAAUAGCUAUAAUAUUGACACUAAGAAGGCUCUUAUAUAGAGUUAGUAGAGAUUAUCACACAGCUCGCUGCAACUAUAAGACGGCUAAUGUGAUUAUUAAUGAAGUAACGGAGAUGGCUGAGAGAUGCCAGUUGCCGCUUCCCCGACUCUACACACACGUAUUUUUUAAACAAACGUACUCCCCAGAGUGGUCAUAAUUUGAUUAUGUAUGUGCACAUUAUGGCUUUCCUGAUUAUGUGUCAGUUUCGACUAACUGGAAAUAUAUUUCAAAUGAA